CGUAGUAGUAACCGUGCAUGGUCUAGUCGAGCCUGUUAGGACCACCAGGCCAUACGGAGAAUAUACAGAACCAUGGAAGAUAGCACAGGCUGUGGGAUACGGUGAGUAUAAAAGGCGGGAAUCUGUAUUGAAAGGGGACUAGCGUCUCUUUUCCCACAGACGUUGUGCAACUGGCUCCCCAGUGCUUGGUGGAGCCCUUUGGCUCUUCUGUCCGACAGCCUCGAUCUCUUUGUCGCGGUCGAGUUGCUCGGGAAAGGAAUAUUGGCUCUCUGGCGAGUAGAUGCGAGACUGCAAGUUCCUCCGUGGCGCGUAUAAAAGCACUUGCAUGUGUGACGGUUUGGCCAGAGACCGGCCAAUGGUGCAAUGUGCCCGGAAAGAUGGAGUCGGACCACACGCCCACAGUAUUGUUGCAAGCGAGUGUGAACCGCAUGGAUGCCCGUUGUCGUGGGUAGCAAGACCAUCCUUGAUUCGAAGACCGAAGACAGUGCGCACCAGACAGUUGAUAGGGAUUGGACUCUAUAUAAUUCCCUUUCAGGUGAUUAGCCUGAAGGGAAUAACAAUAACUACUCCGUACCGGACGGCUCCCGGGAUGGGAACUUCCCAGCUGAAAAGCGACGCUAAACUCAAGGCGGGCCCACUCGGUGGCGGAUUUCAGCUUUUUGCCCGCCUUGACUUGGAUGGAGUAUUCACGAUUCACGAUUCACGAUCCGUUAGGCUGCCGUCAGAUGAUCUUCACGGCCAGGAAGACCGCGGCAGGGUUAUCCUUCGACCACGGAGAAAAAAUCCUCGUCGUCCAGAAUACAAUCAAAUCAAGCCAGACAGGGCCCGCGACGGUCAGAUGCCGGGGACAAGACCGUUUCAAUUGCCCGAGAUGCGUCCGGUGGAUCAGCAAUGGGGCUUAGCCAGCCAGCCCUCUUUUACUGCAAAGGGUUUGGUCCCUUCUGCACUGACUUUGUUUUCUACUCCGGAGUACUCCUAGUAGAUGGACUUGGAUCUGGCGCUGUGCUGUGUGUAACAGGACAACACGGUCAUUAUUCUGGACUAGCUAUCAUCA